UCGAUAUUUACUCGAAAGCGUCGGCAUGUAAGCGUCUCAGUAUUCAGGCGAGACUGUCUGUCAUGAAGAAGCGAGCUAUCAAAGUGCGGGAGGAGGAGGAGGAGGAGAUUUUGUGCUGCUGCGAGUAUGUCAACUGGCAUGGAGAGCGCAGCCAUAUAGGAGCUUGCUGCUGCGACUGUGAGGACCUGGAUGAUGCCUGUGACAGGUUUUUUAAGAGGGAGCCUCAGAAACCUGAAUCCCUGUCAAAGGUGGCUGAAGUUGUCACAGACCGGAUCCGUGUGCCCUGGCUGUGGGGUGGAGCCCGGAAAGUGGAACUGUCAGUCAUCCCUCCUCUUGUUAUUCUCCCCGUCCUGCUGCACAUCGCUGCUCUCCACUUCUUGCUUGGUGUGGUGGUUCUGACAGCUCUGCCUGGCCUGGUGCUGUGGUACUACUAUUUCACACACCGAAAGAAGGGACGCACACUGUUUUUCCUAAGCCUGGCCCUCUUCUCUCUGGCGUACAUGUACUACUUGUUCAUCACAGAGGUGCAUUCCCGCGGGGAUGUCAGCAUGCUGCAGGUAGCGGUGAUAACAGUAGGGGUCAUCGUUACACUGGUGGCCCUCGUCCACACCAAGAGAGAACCUGGCAUCCUGCGGCCAAACCAACAGGACGUCCACAGCACAGUGACUUAUUACAGCCCUCUGGCAGACAGAGAUCCUGCCAUCAAUGGGGGGAGGCAAGACGUUACGAUGACAGUGGCCAACCGGGCGGGAGCAUCGGAGCAGGCGGUCGUGGAGCAGAAGGAGAGUAGCCGAAGGAACUGGUGUCCAGUGUGCAGGGUGGUGCGGCCCCCGAGGGCCGGACAUUGUCGGAUCUGUGGUGUCUGCGUGCUACGUCUCGACCACCACUGUGUCUGGAUAAACAGCUGUGUGGGGCAGGCCAAUCACCGCAGCUUCCUGCUUACGCUUGUCCUCUUCCUGUUGACGUCCCUGUAUGGAAUCAGCCUGGUGCUGCAGAGUGUGUGUCCGAGUCAGAACCUCCUGACGGCCCUGCUCUACUGUCCAGGGGUCUACAACAAGUACAGCAAUGCUUUAUGCUUCACUUGUGCGUGGUACAGCAGCAUCGUGACUGGUGGGCUGCUCCACCUGCUGGUGGUGCAGAUCAUCAACGUCAGCUACAAUGUGACCGAGCGUGAGGCACGCAUUGCCCUGCGAGAGAAAACUGCUCGCAGCGCCUACUGGGGACUCAUCGUGGACACCGGUGUCUACUCUCGAGGUUUCCGUGCCAACUGGGCAGAGUUCAUGAACAUGACGGACAAAUUGAACCUUCCCUCUCAAGCCCCAACAGACUUGGUUGCCUUGCUUGGAGACGGAAAAAAAAGAAAAGUGUGAGAAUGAGUGAACUCUGAACAACUAUAUGGUCACUCUGUUGAUCCUCGUAGGGACAUUAUCUCUGAGCACAGCUGCUGCAACAAGGAGACACCUCUGAAGCUGGUCAGUCCCGGCCAACACACAGGCUGGACUUCAUUUCAAGGACUCAUUACACCUCCUCCACAAACAGUAGUCUGCAUUGUUCACAGAGGAGGAAACUAUCACAACAAGAUAUUUGUUACAAAUAAAAGAAACAUGGCAGCACAAGAGUUACAUUACACUAAACAUAAUGAAAUGGAUUUGAUAAGUAUGAGUAGUUCAUUUUACUCUUUUAAUCUGGCUCAAACUGACUCCUGCAUGAACCAGCUGUGGAAAUAUGAAAAAAGAGACAAAUAAAAAAAUACACCUCAAUGUCAGCUAGAGAAUUUAGUCUGCUCUUCACUGCCUUCCAUUGAUUUUAUUGGAUGUUAAAAGGAUUGAAAGCUUUUAUUUGUAUGCUA